GUUCGCCUGUUCGGGCGCCUGAGUCUCCCCCAGUCUCGUCGCCAGAGUGUUUACCUGCGCCAGCAAUGGAUCCAGCCACCAAACUGCGAUUCGACUCGCCGCUCCUCCGCGUCUACGAGGACGGCCGAGUGGAGCGUCUCUUCGGCACAGAAACCACCCCGCCAGGCUUCGAUGCUGCCACCGGCGUCACCUCCAAGGACGUCGUCAUCGACGCCGCCACCGGCGUCUUCGCCCGCCUCUACGUCCCCGACCUCGUCGCCGCCGGCUCCGGUUCCCAGCGCAAGAAGCUCCCGAUCCUCGUAUACUUCCACGGCGGCGGCCUGGUCCUCGACUCGGCCGCCUCUCCGACGUACCACAGGUACCUCAACUCCGUCGCCUCCAAGGCCGGCGUCCUGGCCGUGUCGGUCAACUACCGCCUCGCGCCAGAGCACCCGGUUCCCGCGGCCUACGACGAUUCCUGGGCGGCGCUCAGCUGGGCCGCGUCGAGGGAUGACCCCUGGCUUUCGGAGCACGGCGACGCCGGCAGAAUCUUCUUGGCCGGCGACAGCGGAGGCGCGAACAUCGUCCACAACAUAGCAAUCAUGGCCGGCACCCGGGAUGGUUUGCCCCCAGGAGCACGGAUUGAGGGGGCGAUCAUAUUCCAUCCUAUGUUUGGGGGUAAGGAGCCAAUGGACGGCGAGGCCAUGGACAUGAGAGCGAUCACGGAGAAGCUUUGGCCCAUAAUAUGCCCGGAAAGCGCAGACGGGAUGGACGACCCGAGGUUGAACCCGUUGGCUCGUGGAGCGCCGAGCCUGCAGAAGCUGGCAUGCCGGAGGCUGCUUGUCUGCUCGGCCGACGGAGACUUCGCGCUGCCGAGGGCCGCGGCGUACUACCAGGCCGUGAAGGCCAGCGGGUGGCCCGGCACGGUGGAGUGGCUGGAGUCCAAGGGAGGAGAGCACGUGUUCUUCCUCAGCAAGCCGGAGUGUGAUCCGGCUAUGCAACUGAUGAACCGGGUGGUCGCCUUCCUCGCCGGCAAUUGAUUCAGAGGGCACUCGCGUGCUCAGUGAGUUCCCCUUCGGAUUGCAAGUGUAAUCAGAACUCAGAAACACACUUAUUUUGUGAAUUCAGAACCAUGAAAAUAAAGGGCAAGAUUUUUUGAUCC